CGAAUCGAAUCAAUCAUUCAACUCCCGCAGUGCUUUGUGCGUCAGUCACUGAUUUGAUUUGAUCGGGACUGCCUGCCACCAUCAAUCUGCCGUCUGCAUGCCGUCUGCCAUGAAGAUCUCGAAGAAAAAGGCAAUCGGAUGAGAAUGAUGUGCACCCUACUCUGCCCAUUGCAUUUCAGCUCUUCAUAGAAGACUGCAUGCAAAGAUGCUCUACACGUUAUCGUCGACCGUACCUAUGUUGUUUCUUUUUGGAUAUAUCUUCUGUUCGCCAUUGGCGGCCAAUGGCUUUCUAGUCACUCAGCAAAAGACUGAGACUCACAGACAUCCAUCGAUCUCGGUAGCAUGGGCUAAACCAUCCCCCAAAGCCAGCUUUGACUUGGAAGCGAUUGAGGCGUUUGAAUCCCAGCUGGAAGAAUUGGAGCAACAAAAUGCGGGAAAGACAAAAGACACGAAAGGUGAACAGCAGAAGGAGCCACAGUGCAGUAUCCAAACGGUGGUGGUACCAGAAAAUCUACACAAUAAACGCAUUGACGCCGUCCUAGCUGCCCUGCUGGAACCAGAGCUGUCCAGAUCCGUUUGUGGCAAUCUGGUCGCGGAAGGUCUCGUGCAGAUAUUAUCAGAGGAUCAAGAUGAAGGCCAAGUGAUGAACCGAAAAUCGUUCAAGGUAGAAAAAGGCAUGCAGUUGGAGGUCUCCCUACCACAGGACGAAAAACCCACAGAAAUUGUGGCUCAAGAAAUACCUCUGGAUAUCCUCUUUGAGGACGAACACAUGAUUGUAAUCAACAAAGCAGCACAUAUAGUAGUACAUCCAGCAGCAGGAAAUUGGGAUGGGACAAUUGUCAAUGCCCUAGCACACUACUUGCCCAGAUCUGAGCACGGACGAGGCGAUUUUGUCGAUGAACAAGGCAAGACAACUGCCUCCGCUUUGAACGACCAAGAAUCGGAGGAUGCACUUGCCGAAAGCGAAUCCGUGGAUGAAAGCAACACUGUCUCGUUUCGGCCAGGGAUUGUCCACAGACUCGACAAAGGAACCACGGGAGUUCUGGUGGUGGCCAAGACCUCUAGAGCUUUGACAGCCUUGAGUGCUGCCUUUGCUGCACGGCGUGUCAGCAAAACCUACUUGGCCGUCACUGUCGGUAAUCCCGGCAACAAUGUCAAAAUUGACAAACCCAUCGGUCGACACCCUGUUCAUCGACAACGAAUGAGGGUCGUGCCGGAUCGCGACCAGAAAAACAGUCGCAAUCGUUUGGCACCACCCAGUAAACUGUAUGCCGACAGCAGACCUCCUUCGCAGGUGGGAAGACGAGCGCUCUCUUUUGUGGAUUCUUUGGCCUUUGAUGGAAAACUGGCACUCGUACGAGUCAAGAUCGAGACCGGUCGAACGCAUCAGAUAAGAGUCCACUUGCAGGACCGACAUACACCCAUCUAUGGCGAUGAUGUCUAUGGUCUAUCAGAUUGGAACAAACGCUUAUCCAAGACAUACCAAAUCGAUCGACCGUUACUUCAUGCCUACAAGCUCUCCUUGGAACAUCCCAUUACAGGAGAGCCACUGGACUUCACAGCUCCAUUGCAUGAUGACAUGAUGGGAAUUGCCAAUACCAUCGUGCCGCCAGGGAGUGAGCCAGAGUUGUCCGAAUUGUUGACGUGGAGGUGAUUCAAAGGCAGGCAGGCAUGAGCAACAACUCGUUGGAGAGCCUUUUAAAAAGAAGAGUGUUGUAUCAUUGCGUAUUGUCAAACUGGUAUAAGCGUGGGAUGUCGCAGUUUCGGACGUAUUGCACAACGUACGCAUUGCUCGUCCGUCCUCCAAACCCAAAGGGUGCCUUGGAAGGCAUCAAAGCCUUCCUCAGUCGACAAAGCAUUUGCCGUGGUCCAUUGCGUUUUUUCUGUAUUGACGAUGGAGCUUUACUGCGACGUCCUCCAUAGGCAUCGGCAAUGACCUCGUCAAAGGAGACCUUUGUAACCACAUGAUCGUUAAAUCGAUACCAAUCAUCACUUUGAAUGUCUGGUCUUACAUAGGAAUAGUAAUGACCCGAUCCGUAUUCUCCAGCAUGGACCACCACGGACUGGAGAGAAUAGAUAGCAGCAGGCUUCUCCUCGUCUUGAAUAUCCGCGCAAAGCGAGGUCAGAUCUAGAGAUUCCGGGAACGUGCACUUUUUGUUGACUUUGUCCAUUUGAUCUGUCUGCCAAUCAUAGUUGAAACGCUUCAAGUGCAUUUGAAGAAUGGAGGGGAGCCCCUGGACUCGCAGCAGGGACCCUUUUAAUGCAUCUACUUUCUCAGCUCCUUUCUCGGGGCGCCAUCCAUUGCCCUCCUUUACACUGAGCAACUCUGGCUCACCAAAGUCUUCAUGCAGGCUGUCCAAGAUGGAGUCUCUGAUGAUAAAAAGACAAGAGAAGGAGGAGUAAGGUCAUUGAACCUACGCACACGAAAACAAGUGCAACCGACCACCAAUUCAACUCACUCUGAAAUGUCUAGUGACAAGUCCAAAAAUGGUUCUUCCCUUGUUCGUUCCCGGUUGGAUCCAUC